UUUGCGUUAACAAAGACUGUCCGAGACGCAUGCAUAACAAGUCAACCACGUCAAAUCGAGACCAAAAUGGUGCGUUAAACAUUGCUCUGAUAGGAUUCUCAGCAUUAGUUUCAGAAGAUGGUCUUACUCUCCCACCUUUCCGCCGUGGUGUAAAUAAUCCAAAUAAGUUUAACUUAUCAAAUAAUCUCAUGCAAGCCAGAUUAGCUAUGCAAGGAUCUCCGGGUGAGCCGGUAACUAAUUUUUCUCUGUGACUUGUCACCCCAGACAUGUUGCCUGAGCCAAAAAUAUAAAUCACAGUUUUCCUUUUUUUCCCUUUUUUUAUUUAAAAAUUAAAUUAAAUAAAUGUCUAAGUUCUCUAACGUCUCGGUCGAACAGCUCAUUACGCCAACAGAAAGAAAGGAUGCUUUAAAAGUUCGUAUCGCCGUGUUUGUAGAUGAACAGAAAUAUUCGAUGGAAAGUGAAUUAGACAGUUAUGAUGAUGUCUCUGAGCACUGGGCUGCAUAUUGUGACGAGACAAAUGAAGAUGGCUCGAUUAGAAAGCAUGUUCCUGUCGGCACCAUUCGUUUGAUCCCUCAGCCACAACACGUUGCCAAAUUAGGUCGUUUGGCUGUGCUCAGUUCUGCUCGCGGACUUCACAUUGGCCAAAAGCUUGUCAAAAGCUUUAUUCAGCACUGCAAGGACAAUGGUUUCCAUAGUAUUGUUUUACAUUCACAAUACCCUAGACGUGGAUUUUACGCCAAGCUUGGAUUUGUUAUUGAAGAAGGCGAUGAAAUCUUUGACGAGGAUGGAACUCCUCAUAUUCGUAUGUGGUUGCGUAAUAUUUAGACUAAAUGGUAGUAUAAUUAAAAGCAGUAAUUUAUUUA